CGAAAGUCGGCGUUCAUAUCAGGAAGAAGAAGAAAGACUCGACGUCUGUGUUUACGCCGUGCAAGUCAUUUCGGUUUAUUGUGAGACAAAGUGACUUUUCUACUUGUAGUUUCUGUAAAACGGCCGCAAAAUGAGUCUGGAAUGCCUUAUUGGACUGAAGUUCAAUGACUUCGUGUUAUUGGCAUCGGACAUGAGUCACUUGCAAAGCAUUGUCGUACAGAAGUCAGAUGAUGAUAAAAUGUACCAACUUUCAACCCAUCUGAUAAUGGGAGUGUCUGGCGAAGCUGGCGACACGACCCAGUUUGCAGAGUACAUUGCCAAAAACAUUCAGCUGUACAAGAUGCGUAAUGGCUAUGAACUCAGUCCUUCAUCUGCCAUUCAUUUUACGAGACACACUAUCGCCAAUCAUCUGCGUUCAAGGGAACCUUACUUCGUCAACUCCUUGAUGGGCGGCUUCGACCCUAACACAGAUACCUCAGUAUUGUACUACAUGGACUAUUUGGGUGCUUGUGUACCUGUAAAUCAUUAUGCAUUUGGCUAUGGUGGCAUGUUUGCACUGGGUAUUAUGGAUCAAAAAUAUAGACCAGACAUGAAUGAAAAAGAAGGCCAUAAUCUCAUAAAGCUUUGUGCAAACGAAAUCAAGCGGAGAUUCAUCGUGAACCUACCCAAGAUGAGAGUGAGGAUGAUUUCGAAGGAUGGCAUCAAGGAGUUGCCUGUCAUCGUUGCAGAGGGAGAAGCACCAUAGAGUUAUUAAUGUUUUAUUUAAGCUAAAGAAUCUCCUAAAGGAGAUUUAACUUGUUUUUUUUUUUGUAUUCUUUUGCAGAAUGAUGGUGAAUAAAGUAUGUUAGUAAA